UCUGGGUGUGAGGCGGGCAGUGCUCACGCCGGGCCUGAAGGGGCUGAGACUGGAGGUUGCGGAAAGGGACUGCUGGCCCCGCCCUCAGCUCCUACUCUUUGGAGGUCCGCGUUUCCCACACUGAGGCAGUGUUUGCCGGCGCCGCGGCCGCCACCUGGAGUUGCUGCAGGCUCCAGGUUACACUGCCAACCACGAGGAGUCCAGGGAGGAAGAGCGGAGCCGAGGUGCCAAUAAACUCACACCUCCCACGCCUUUUCCAGCCCGAGAUCGCCCCGGCAGGGAUGGGUGACAAGAUCUGGCUACCCUUCCCGGUGCUCCUCCUGGCUGCUUUGCGCGCAGCGCUGCUGCCGGGGGUGGCCGGCUUCACGCACUCCUUAGACAGCGACUUCACGUUUACCCUUCCCGCUGGCCAGAAGGAGUGUUUCUACCAGCCCAUGCCCCUGAAGGCCUCGCUGGAGAUCGAGUACCAAGUUUUAGAUGGAGCAGGAUUAGACAUUGAUUUCCAUCUUGCUUCUCCAGAAGGAAGAACCUUAGUUUUUGAACAAAGAAAAUCAGAUGGAGUUCACACGGUAGAGACUGAAGUUGGUGACUACAUGUUCUGCUUUGAUAAUACAUUCAGCACCAUUUCUGAAAAGGUUAUUUUCUUUGAAUUAAUCCUGGACAAUAUGGGAGAACAGGAGCAAGAAGAGGACUGGAAGAAAUAUAUUACUGGCACAGAUAUGUUGGAUAUGAAACUGGAAGACAUUCUGGAAUCUAUCAACAGUAUCAAGUCCAGACUAAGCAAAAGUGGUCACAUCCAAACUCUGCUGAGAGCAUUUGAAGCUCGUGAUCGAAACAUACAAGAAAGCAACUUUGAUAGAGUCAAUUUCUGGUCUCUGGUUAAUUUAAUGGUAAUGGUGGUGGUGUCAGCCAUUCAGGUUUAUAUGCUGAAGAGUCUGUUUGAAGAUAAGAGGAAAAGUAGAACUUAAAACUCCAAAUUAGACUAUUUAACAUUGAAAAAAAAAGAGACAGAAAAAUGCAAUAAACUGUUACAGUCAAGAAAUUAAUAGUCUUUUCCAAAAUGUUUUCAGUCACUACCAUAAGUGUGAAACAAGUAUAAUUUUAAUGUGAAAGAAAAGUCUUCAGUUUCGUCUGUUCAAGUAAUCUUAUUGCUCCAGUUGUAUUUAAGUGUAUAACAAAUAUUUUGGAGAAUAUAAUUGAAUGAAGCCUUAUUAAUAAUGGCAUUUUCCAAAGUUUAAAAAAUUUUUGCAAAUUUCAUAGAUGUAAAUAAAUGAACUUUGGGCCUAAAUGCAACACUGAACAAUGUUUUUAAAAGAUUCUCUUACCCAGAACUUUCUUUGUAAAUAUGACAAUUACAAAUUAAUUGUAGACGUUUUCAAUAUAUCAAGUUAUAAAUCAUCUGAGAAUUACCUAAUCAUGGAUUGAAUAUAUCUUUAGAAGACAAAGACUCAACUUUUCUGUUUUACAUAUACAUCUCUCCUGUAAUGUAAAUUGAAGCAUAGCUGUGAAAAGCAGAUUUGUGAGACUUUUAUAACCAAAUAUAUUUCAAUUUAAAAUAUCAGCACAAAGUAUGUUUUAUAUACUUAUCCUAUAUUCCCAAAAGCUGACGUUUUGAUAAUUCUUAAAAAUGCUGUGAUACUUAUUAAAAUUAGGGCAAAUUUUCUCUUCGAAGUGAAAAAUAGCUAAAGGUUGCUCAGUCUCUAAGUAUACAUUCUGUCUCAUCCUUAACUAAGGUAUAGGAUUUUAAAAUUAAAUAUGAGGGAAAUAAAUUUUAUUUUUAUGUUAUUUGUCAACAGUGAUAUGUUAAUUGUACCAUGAUUAUUGACUUGGAUAAUGCAUUAUUUCCAGCAAUUGUAAAGCAGAUAUUGCUAAAAGGAUCUGGGCCUAACAAAUAUUUCCUUUUCUGAGUUCUCAAAAUCAGUAAAAAAAGAACUAAUAAAAUGUAGGUAAGCUUGAGAAUAUCUUAUCAAAAUAAAGGUCACUUAAAUAAACUGUAAGUAUUUGGAAUCUGAUUGGCUCAUCAUGACCCAAUCUUAAUACAAAUCAUGAACUAAUUUUCCAGUUAAUUGAAAGAAGUACUACUUGGCUGUGAGUUUUAUUUUUUACAACUGUUUUAUUCUGUUUUUUGAAUAAUCUUUUAUAAGUAUUCAGGUACAUUUUAUGAAAUAUAAGCUCUAUCGUAAGGUUUGGCACUGGGUACACAUUAAUUACAAUUUUUAUUAUAACUUUCAUAAAAUGACUUUUCUGAUCAUUUUAUUGACUCAAGUAAGGAUUGGAAACCCACAGAAACCUAGGUUUAAAUACUCCAUAUGUGACUAAAUUUAUGUAAAGUCUGUGCCAUCCUAGCUUAUUGAAUCUGUGGAGUCUUACUCAAAUACUAGUAAUUUAGCUACAUCAUGAAUUACAUAGAAUUUUUAGGUUAUAUCCAUUUGUAAUACUGUAAUAUUGACAAAUUAGAAACAAUCAACUUACAAAUUUGAGUAUAGAACCCCUGUAGGUUAGUCCUGCUGGAAUUCUCAAGCAAUAAUUGACAUCCAGAGAGAAUGGUUUCAUUUAUAAUUUACACUCAGAGUGGUACUAAAAGAUUUCCCUCAUGCCUUUGAGAGAACAGAAACUUAAACAUCCCUACUCUGAAGCUUUUUAAAAAUUAGAUAACUGCAAUACGUAUAUAUAAUCAGUUACUGUCAUUAGCCGAGAAAGUGCUUUCAGUGUUCAGGAGAAGCCCCUGUAACACAUGCAAAUCAAGGGCUGGUAAGAUCACUGCCUCUGAAGGGCCCUCCCUUUUCCCUCUUCUGUUAACCUCAUAAUGAGAAGCCAACUUAUAGUACUAUAACUAAUAAAACAGCACAGAUAUCAACUACUGCAUCUUUUCUAUAAAGCUGUGAUUAAGAAUUCUACCUCUUGUGUAUGGCUAGUUACUGUACUGUACUCUGAUUGCUUACCUAACGAUUUGUUACAUCAUCAUCUACAUAUGAUCUGUACCACUGAUGUUAAUCCAAUUCAGUAACUUCUUACAAUAUAAUAGCCUUAUUUGGAAAACAAAGAAUUUAGGAAUAUUGAGGACAAUUUUAUUUUUAUAGACACAAAGUGAAGAGAUUAUUUAAGCAGCAUGUUACCUAUGUUAACAACAAAAAAUUGUAAGCAAAGACUAAACACUUUAAUAUUUCUAAAGGCGCAUUAUCUGCCUCAUGUGGUUUAAUGUCAGUAUUCAAUUUCAAAAAACUAUGCUAAAAUUGAGUAAGCUGUUUAUCACUUAAUAGUUUUUUGUCUUGUUUUUAAUUAAACUUUUAAAAUACUACAAUAUCUAAGGCUUAGCAUUUCAUUCUGAUUUGCAUUUGGGUCAUUAAUGAUAUUCUUUCAUGUGAAUGUCAAGACAUAGAGGGUAAAUAAGCUGUUGAAAUAGCAUUGAAAUAAAUUACAAAUUCAAAUGUAAUUUUGUUGUUUAUCCUUCUUAAGCAUUGUUAUGUCUUAAACUAACAAAGACUGAGUACCUAUAAUUGUAUGCCUCCCCAAAUGAAAACUAUCUGAAAUUUUAAAAGAAACUGACUGAGUAUGUAAUGGUUAUUCAUCUGAAGUGUAAUAAUGCAGUGUUGCUCAAAUUGCUUCACUUGUGAACAGACAUCUACAUCAAAUGAGCAAUGAAUACUGCACUGAGUAUAUAUAAUAAAAAUGUUUAAAAAUAA